AUGCCCUCCGCUACCUCGCCUCCCGAGACUUAUUUCCUGCGAAAGCCUACAACCCACGUCCCAAACUCACCUCUCCCAGUUCUCGUAUAUCGUUCCGCGUUACCCCUCAAUCCCACUCCUGAGACAACAUGCGAGCUCAUCGAACCGAACAACUGGCUGAAGGGAGGAGUAUUCAAACACUACCCAGCACAUCAUUUCCAUAGUGUGACUCAUGAGUGCUAUGCUAUAUUUAAAGGACAUAGUCGAUUGCUUCUUGGUCGAGGACCUCUUGAUCCAGCGAGCGAGGACGAUCUGCUGGUGGACAUAAAGGAAGGAGAUGCUAUUGUGCUACCAGCUGGAGUAGCACAUUGCAGCUUGGAGAGUAGCGACGACUAUGAAUAUGUGGGACUAUAUCCAAAGGGAAGUGCUCAUUGGGACAAUAACUUUUGCAAGGCAGACGAGGAGGAGACGAAAUCAAAAGCUCAAAAUGCGAUGGAUGUACCUGUUCCAACUACAGACCCGAUCUUCGGUGCCGGAGGACCUCUGGUCGAAAUUUGGAUAAAUGCUAUGGGAAGAGCUUGGAAGCCGUACACGGCUCCACGACUUGCACCACUUCAAGAUUAA